UCUUCGGAAACAGAUGCGUUGCUUUCCAUUAAUUUGAAAAAAGGUAAAAUAGUUUAAAAAUCAACGGGAGAAUUCGUUGUGGAAGCGAAGAGGAAGAACAAGAUAAGAAUGUUUUUUUUUUUGGAGAAAUUGAUUUGGUGUUGAAAAGGGUUUCGUGAAAGGUUUGCCUCUUUUGUUGUUUCUCUCGGGAAAUUUCCAGGAUUGACACGUCUCUUCACCCAAAUCGCUCGCAGUCGUCAUCUAACGUCUGCUUUAGCGUCUUCUAGGGUUAGGUUUUCUUUUUGAACAAAAAGUGGCGGAAGGUUGCAGAAGUGUCGGAGAUUCUUUUCGGGGAAAUUGGUGCUCGAUUUGCGGGAAAUUUGGAACUUUGUGGUUAAAUCUUGGUGGGUUUUGGGAAAUUUUUAUCGAUUUUCAAGCGAGGGUUUGCGGUUCUCCUGGUUAGGGCUAGAUACUGGGUGCUUAGGAUCCUUUACGAAACCAAUCAGACAGGAAAUUCGCUUGGUUUUUUAUUGUUUUGGAUUUUAGUCAACGGUUGGAGAUAUAAAGGGCUCUGUUCCUCCACAGAUUUGCGAGCGAAUUUCUAGGGAAGAGCUUUGAUGUGGUUAUUCCCUUGAUUAGAUCAGUCACAUUUCUUGAUUUGACUUUGGUUAGAGAUUCAGUGGUAGAGAAUUCUGGGUUUUCGGUGGGUAAGAUGAGCUUGAGCUCAAGCUUGACCGACAGCUUCGCCAAUGAUGGCAAGCUUCUUCUCUGUGUUGCCGAGAAUGGCCAUUCUUUUGAAUUCGAAUGCAACGAAACUACUCCAGUUGAAGCUGUGAUGCGUUUUGUCGAGUCUGUUUCUGGAAUUAGCUUCAACGAUCAGCUUCUUCUCUCUCUGGACAUGAAACUCGAGUCUCAAAAGCUUUUGUCCGCUUACAGACUGCCCGCAAGUGACAGGGAAGUGUUUGUUUUCAACAAGGCUAGGUUACAGAGCAGCUCUCCAGCUCCGCCACUGGAAGAAGUUGAUAUACAGGAAGUGCCAGACCCUUUACUCCCGGCUUCAAUGCCCAAUCAUCACCCUUUGGACGAUGCAUCUGAUCCAGCUUUAAAGGCUUUACCUUCCUAUGAGAGGUUAUUCCGGUCUCAUUCACUCAAAGGCCGUGCCAUCUUCAAAUCUACUUUUGUGAAGUAUGAGACUUGUGAGAAGUUAAUCAGGGAGCGGAAAGUGCAAGAACGAGCUGUAGAAGUUGCUACACGAAAUCUGGACCAGUAUUACCGGGUGAUCUAUCAGAAUUUCCUUGAGUUUAUGAAGCGGUAUAAGCAUCAACACCGUCUCCAUUAUGAUUUGCUGAUGAAUUUUGCAAGGGAUUUUGAGAAAUUGAGGUCAGGAAAGCUUCAUCCAGCUUUGCAGACUGAUUCCAGGAAGUGCUUAUUGGAUUUCAUUAAGGAAGAUAGUCUGAAAAAGGCUGCAGAGAAUUGUGGUAGCUCUCAUAAGCAAUUUGAGAGCAAGAUUGCGCAGUUCCAGCAGAUGUUUGUUGAGGUCAAGCGCAAGGUAGAAGAGUUGUUUGCUUGCAGGGCAUCUUUAUCGAAUAAAAAUUUAGAAUUGGCCUUUAAGGAUCAUGAACGGUUCAUUAACGAGCAAAGGAGCAUUAUGCAGUCUCUCAGCAAAGAUGUGAAUACAGUGGCGAAACUUGUGGAUGAUUGUCUGUCUUACCCAUUGUCAUCGUUGAUCCGUCCCCACGAUGCCGUUUCAGCUCUGGGUCCUAUGUACGAGGUGCAUGACAAGAGUCAUCUGCCGACAAUGUGGGCUUGUCAUAACUCCAUUUCAGAAUUGCUAGAUUUCUGCAAGAACAAGAAGAAUGAGAUGAACAGCUUUGUUCACAGUUACAUGCAAAAGAUAACAUAUGUCACAUACAUCAUCAAAGAUGCUAAGUUGCAGUUUCCCGUCUUUAGAGAGGCAAUGCUGCGGCAAGAUGACUUGUUUGCGGAUUUGAAGUUAGUUCGUGGGAUUGGCCCCGCUUAUAGGGCUUGCCUUGCAGAAGUGGUGAGAAGAAAAGCCUCUAUGAAGCUGUACAUGGGCAUGGCAGGACAGCUGGCUGAGAGGCUUGCCAUGAAGCGAGAGACAGAGGUCAGGAGACGUCAAGAGUUUCUUAAAGCCCGAGGUCCAUAUGUACCUCGUGAUGUAUUGGCCUCGAUGGGGCUAUAUGAUACUCCUAACCAGUGUGAUGUCAAUAUUGCUCCUUAUGAUACCAGUUUGCUCAAUAUCGACAUCAUAGACAUUGAUCGUUAUGCUCCCGAGCAUCUAGCCGGUUCACACUCAAAGCUUGCACCUUCAAGGAAUUCACUGGCCAUGUCAAGUGAGAGCUCGUUUUCGGGUGGGCAUGAGGAGAUAGCUAUCGAAGCUUUGCACAAAGACAGUUAUGAUGAAAUCUUGGAGGCCUGCGAAUUAGUAGACGUAGCUGGAACCGGCAAGAUGGAGGUUGAGAAUGCGAAACUGAAAGCUGACCUUGCUUCCGCUAUAGCCCGGAUUUGUACGCUAUGCCCAGAAGUGGAAUAUGAGGCGCUUGAUGACAGUAAACUAGAAAGUUUAUUGAAGGAUGCUGCUGAGAAGACUGCAGAGGCGUUGAAGGCCAAAGAUGAGUAUGAAAAACAUCUCCUCUCUAUGCUCAAGGAAAAGGAAAUGAAUUGUGCUUCAUAUGAGAAACGUAUCCGUGAACUGGAAGAACGUCUCUCCGAAGAAUACUUACAGGGGCAGAGACAUAGUAAUAGUAAGGACGUGUCUGGCUUAGACCUUCUGCAUACACAAGCUAACGAAUAUAAAGUAGAAACCUCUGCUGAUGCAGAAACCAAUAUAACCCAUAUAUAUGCUACAGAACCCAUGGAUGAGGUCUCAUGUGUUUCAAAUCUUUCUGACAAACAACCGUAUAAAGCUCGAGAGGGUAUGGAUGAAAAUAUGAUGGAUUCAUCCUCGAUGCUUAAUCAUCAGCUUGACUCGUCAAUGGUGGAACCUCAGCAAAACGUUGAGAAAGGUGGAAAGUAUAACGUAGUUACGGAAAUGGGUGUGUCCCUAUGUAGCAGCUCCACCUCUAAGAGCUUACCAAAACAUCUGGAUGUCGUACCUAGCAGUAGUAGUGUGGCAACUGAGCUAGGUUUGGAUUCCAAGUUCAGUGAUGAUAUUGUGCUGGAUCUUAGAAAUGAGCUGAUAGACAAGUCCCAUAAGCUGAGUGAAAUGGAAUCCAACCGUAACGAUGCUAUGGAAGAGGUUUCCAGACUAAGUAGAGAGUUGGAAAAGAGUCAGGCUCUUCUCAAUGAAUCCCAGAUGAACUGUGCCCACUUGGAGAAUUGCUUACACGAAGCAAGAGAAGAAGCUCAAACCCAUCGUUGUGCUGCUGACCGUAGAGCUUCAGAGUAUAGUGCCCUCCGUGCAUCAGCUGUGAAGAUGCGAGGCCUCUUUGAAAGAUUCCGGAACUCUGUCUGUGCUGCUGGUGGGGUUGCUGGUUUUGCCGAGUCACUGCGUACUUUAGCUCAAUCUUUAUCCAAUUCCAUUAAUGAUAAUGAAGAUGAUGGUACUGCUGAGUUCAAAAAGUGCAUCCAGGUCCUGGCAGACAAGGUCAGCUUCCUCUCCAGGCACCGGGAAGAUUUACUCGGAAAGGGCCAAAAGCUAGAAGCUGCAAAUGAACAGCUAAGAAAGGACUUCGAAGAAAAGAAAGAGCUCGUGAAAACAUUGUAUAACAAACAUCAACUUGGAAAGCAGGCAAACAAGGAAAAGAUAUCAUUUUGUCGUCUCGAAGUCCAUGAGAUUGCAGCAUUUGUGCUGAACUCGACAAGGCAUUACGAGGCUAUCAGCAGGACAUGCUCAAACUACUACUUGUCUCCCGAAUCAGUGGCAUUGUUCACAGAUCAUCACCCGACCCGACCUGCAUACAUUGUUGGACAGAUUGUCCAUAUUGAGCGCCAAACUGUGAAGCUUCCACCGUCUACAGAGGCUGGUUCAAACUGUCCCGAGAUGGGUAAGACAGAUCAGAUUGGUUGGCCUGCCUCAGACAAUGGCUUGGGUAAUAACCUGAUAUCGUCGAGUUCAUCGUCUUCAUUGUCUUCACCAACAACUUCAUCAUCAAACCCUUAUGGUCUCUCUCCAGGAUGUGAAUACUUCAUAGUGACCAUAGCUAUGCUACCUGACUCUGCUAUUCAUCAACAAGCUUCCUGAUCCUUCGCUUAUUUUCCCUAGGCAGAUAGAAGUGAUGGAAGAAACCCUAAACCUGUAAAUACUCUUAAUUAAAAAAAGAAAAAAAAGAGAGAGACUAAACAAAACAGGCCCCUUUAUGUUUUCUGGGUAUUGGGUUUCAUCGUCUUUCCAUCUCUGUUUUCUUGUACAGGAUAUGAUCACUGAAAUCUUUUAUCGUUGUAUAUGGGAAGUUUUACUCA